AAAGCUUUUGUACUUUUUGUUUUUGGCCCACUUCUGUUUAUCGAGUGAGAAUCUCUCUCUCUCUCUCUCUCUCUCUCUCCCCAGUAUGCGUUCGUUUCAGAGCGCCUGAUUCAUCCACGUCAUGGUUCCCGCCCAUUAAACAUCUCUCCCUCUCUCUCUCUCCCCUUCCCUCUCUAUCUCACAGAGGCAGAGAAUCGAAAAGAGGGAGGUGAAGAAUUCGGAUUUAUGUCCCUCAAUCAACCCAGGGUUGAAAAAGGCGAACCACACACAAGGAAAUCCGGAAGAUCUGGUGGACCUGCGCACCACAGGAGCUCUCAUAACGCGGGCAGCGGAAAGGGCGGCGCCGGUGGCGCGGGCACCUUUAGCGCCCUUUCGUCUUCGUCACAGGCUUCAAACUCCCACAGGAGUUUCAGGAAGAAUAAUGGGCAGGGAGGCCAAUCAAGGCUGAGAAGUAAUGCAGCAAACCCUGAAGUCCUAAAUGAUGGAAUACCAAAUGGCACAUUGCCACAUAACCAGCCAGUUAUGGCUUCUUUACCUGGGUCCUCUGGAGCUGCAAGUGUGGAUGCCACAAGACAGUUUAAUCAUCGUCUUCCUAAGGGUACAUCAACUCUACCUCGGCCUCCUUCAUCCAACUCCAGUAUUGGAUCAUCAGGGUCAGCGCCUGUGGCAACACAACCAGAAGAUGUUUCAAAGGGUUUCCCUCUUCAAUUUGGUUCCAUAAGUCCAGGGUUCAUGAAUGGGCUGCAGUUUCCUGCCCGUACCAGUUCUGCACCACCAAAUUUGGAUGAACAAAAUUGUGCUCAGGCUCAUCAUGAUGCGAAGCCUAGCCAUAUCUCCGUUUCUGCUGCUGCUAAACAACACCAGAAACAUGAGCAGCUACAACAACUGCAGCAAGCAGCACAGCAACAUAAGCAGCAACCUCGACAAGACUUGAGUACUGACUUCAUCAAUGUUGGUGAAACUCACACAUCUUCCCAGAUAAAGAGGGAUUCCACUCUCCAGGCUCCAUUGCCCCCACAGGCUUCUGCACCAAAAUCUUCUGUUGUUCCUCAGCUUGGAUUAUCUACCCAUAUGUCUUUUGCUCAAAGUCAAGUAUCAAUGCCAUUUAGCAAUCCAGGUUCCCAAAUCCAAUCCCACAGUGGUCCUAUUCAAAUGCCAUUGCCCAUUUCUGUUAGUAAUGCUGCUCAAGUGCAGCAGCAAGUCCUUAUUUCCACUUUACAGUCUCAUCCACUUCAGGCUCAAGCAAUGAUUCAUCAGAAUCAAGGACUGGGCUACCAAACUCAUCAAAUUGGACCUCCACUAAGUGGCUUGGGCGUUGGCAUGGACACUCAGUUUUCUCAGCAGGCUGGCGCCAAUUUUAGUACAACACGGAAAGCAGUCAAGAUAACUCAUCCUGAUACUCGAGAAGAACUAAAACUGGAUAAAAGAGCUGAUUCAAUUGUGGGUUCGUCAUCCUCAGGGCAGAGUGUACAAAUUGCCAGGUCACAUGCAGCUGUCGCUCAUCAGCCACAGCAGCCUAUUCCUUCGUAUGCGUCUCCUCAUCAGAUUGCUUACUAUUCACCAAUUCUAUCUAACUCAUAUGCUACCUCAAUCUUUUAUCCCAGUCAAGCUGCUCAACCUUUAAAUAACACUCAGAUUGCUCCUGGAUCUUCAGCCCCAAUAUAUAACUUCCCGGUUAGCCAUGUUGGAAGCACGGUCUCUGUUGUCAAUCCUAUUCCAUACAAUGCUUCUUUACCUCUAACUAAGUCUGGGCUCUCAGCGCAGACUACUUCAGGGCAGAUGAAGUUAGAGGAAGUUGCAGCUCCAGCUGCUUCUGUUCGGGUAACAGUGAAGCCACCUAUGUCUUCAGUCUCAGAAAAGGUUGGGACCUCUUCUUCCACAUCCCUUCACUCCUCCUCUAUCAGUAAAGGAACUGCUGUCACUCACGAUGGACCAGUUAAGCCAUCAAGACGUCAUGACGAAUCUGUAUCCUCACAUUUUCAAAGGGGCACGGAAGGUGCUAGACUAAUUUCUUCUGCCAUGGGAGAGAUAUUAGCGCAGCUUCCUUCUACAACUGCCUCUUCAAUAGUGCCUGGUGAUGUUAAGCCUGAGCCCCAUGUUCAACAGACAAAGUCUGUUAAUGGGGCAGCAUCAGUUUCUAAUUCAUUGCAUGCUACUCUUAAACAUUCUGCCCCUUCUUUUGUUGCUGGGCUGCAAGGAAAAUCAGCUACUGCUGUUAUUUUACCUGAGGAAUCUGUCGAUCAUGUAACUAUACCUGAGGGACAAAAGUGGGAUCCUCUUAAAAAGUCAGAUUCUUUUAAGUGUCAGCAGAAGUCGAAUAAGAAAGAGCAGCAUCACCUUGAACCUGAGAAUCAGCUGGCAGCAUGUGAUUCUGGUGGUAACCGGCCAUUGAAGCUUGAUGAUACAAGUCCAAUACAUGGUACCAAUAAGAUCGAGUCCGUACAAGUUCCAUCAGAGGGGGUUCCAACUGCAAGUUCACUUCCUUCAUCAUCUUCUGGAUCAGGGGUUUGCAGUUCUGAAGUUGCUGAAGCUUCUAUAAAGGACCCCAAAUUAUUGUCUGCUGCAUUAGGGGACUUUGCUGUCGCAUUGGAAGAAGUAGCAGAAGAACCAAAAGUUGUCAAGACUGACAGCGCAGUUGCAUGUCAGACUUUGCCAAAUAUUGUUGGCAUAGAAGAUAAAGGGCCUGGGGAACCAUCAAGUUCUGUUGACUCUGAAUCAGGGAAAGCUGUCUCAGAAAAUUUACUUGAUAUAUCCUCGGAGAACAAGGAAGAGCAUAUUCAUGCCUCAGAAGAUCCUGACGGGGCAUUGCAGUUGGAAGCUGAAAGAAGCAAAAUAGCCGAUUACUGUGAACCAGAGAGUCAAAAAUAUGAAAACAUGCCUUGUUCAGGAUGUUCCAAUAACAGCAGUGAAAUGGAUUCUUUGGAGCAAGCGACAUUGGUUGAUAAAGUAGAUGAAACGUUUACUCCUGUUAUGUCAAAUUAUUUAGAACGUGAGCAAGAAAACAAUGAAGGAACAUCAGCAUAUUCUCCUCCGCUCCAUUCUCAUGAAGCUACAGGACUUGGGAAUGUAACUAAUGAAAAAGCCUUGCCUGGUUCUGCUAUUACCUCGCUAGAUACCUGUUCCUAUUCUCACAAAACUGGAGAAGUGUCUUCUGCAUCUUAUUCUCCUCUGGACAUAUGUUGCAAGAAAUUUGUAGAGGACAACAUUUGUGAUCGAGCAACGUAUUCUUACAAAGCUGGAGAAGUGUCUUCUGCAUCUCAUUCUCCUUUGGGCACAUUUGGAAAGAAAACUGAAGGAGAGGAUAAGAUUUGUGAUCGAGCAACUGCUGCAUCAGCAGAAUCUGCCACCUUAAAUCAGGGGUUAGUUGCUGAUGAGCUUCAGGUGUCUUCUGAAAUGGGACAGAAACAUGAAAUUAGAGACAUAGUUAGCAUAAACAGUGCUGUGGGUUCUAGUUCUUUACAAAUCUCUAAGGAUAAAACACUAUCUGAGCAAAGCAAGGCAAAAAAUAUUUCUGGAAAGAGGAAGAAGAAGAAGGAAUUACUUUCUAAAGCAGAUGCUGCUGGAACAACGUCUGAUCUUUAUAUGGCAUAUAAGACACCAGAACAAAAACAAGAGUCUGCAAUCGUAGAAAUUGCUGUCUCAAGUCCUGGGAUUGAUGGGAAGCUGAUGCAUUCUGGUGAUGUAGAUAAGAACAUUUCUGCAAAAGAGGAAGACAGUCAGAGCAAAUCUGAACUGGAUGAUUGGGAAGAAGCAGCUGAGAUCUCCAGUCCAAAUUUGAAAGCACCAGAAAAAAAUGAAGAAAAGCACAACAGAAAGCACCAUGAAAAGCAUGACAGUGAAUCUGUAGGCAACAAAAGGUACACCAGAGACUUCCUCAUGACCUUUUCGGAGCAAUAUAAAGAGCUUCCUCCAGGAUUUGAGAUUGGUGCAGAUAUAGCGGAUUACAUACUUGGCGUUCAUGUAAAUGUUUCCCCAGGUGUUAAACGUGAAACACUUCAUUUAAGUGGUGGAAGGGUGUUCGACAGGCAACCAAGUGGAUCUCGCAUGGAGCGUCGUGGAAGCGGCCUUGUGGAGGAGGAUAGGUGGGGUAAAGUGGGAUUUGUAUCUACACGGAUGGAUCUUGCUUAUGGAGUAGCAGUUGGUGGACGAACAAGCCAAGGGGGGAAUUUGGGGGUCUUGAAGAAUCUACGUGGGCAGCCAGGAGGUCAGUAUGUCAGUGGAGUUCUUUCUGGUUCCAUGCAGCCUCCAGCUCCUAUUGGUGGGAUGACAAGGUUAAGUGCUGAUGCCGAUAGGUGGCAGCGUGCUGCUUCUGUUCAGAAGGGCUUGAUUUCUGCUCCUCCUGCUGCAAUGGUGGUCAUGCAUAAGGCUGAGAAAAGGUAUGAGGUAGGCAAGGUGUCUGAUAAGGAGGUAGCCAAGCAGAGACAACUGACAGGCAUCCUUAACAAGCUAACACCACAAAAUUUUGAAAAGUUAUUUAUGCAGGUCAAAGAAGUUGACAUAGACAAUGCUGUUACUCUUAGAGGUGUUAUCUCUCAAAUUUUUGAUAAAGCUUUGAUGGAACCAACUUUCUGUGAGAUGUAUGCAGAUUUCUGUUUUCAUCUUGCUGGGGCUUUGCCUGAUAUGGUUGAGAAUAAUGAAAAGAUCACAUUCAAAAGAUUGCUUUUGAACAAAUGUCAAGAGGAAUUUGAGAGGGGGGAAAGGGAGCAAGCGGAAGCUGAUAAAAGUGAAGAGGAAGGUGCAGCAAAACAAACUGAAGAGGCAAGAGAGGAACAACGACUUAAGUCUCGCAGGCGGAUGCUGGGUAACAUUCGGCUAAUUGGUGAACUUUAUAAGAAAAAGAUGUUGACUGAGAGAAUCAUGCAUGAAUGCAUAAAGAAGUUGCUGGGCCAGUUUGAUGAUCCUGAUGAAGAAGAUCUUGAAGCCUUAUGCAAAUUGAUGAGCACAAUUGGGGCUAUAAUUGACCAUCCUAUAGCCAAGGAGCACAUGGAUGCAUAUUUUGAUAGGAUGCAGAAACUAUCAGUUAACCAAAAGAUAUCUUCUAGAGUACGAUUCAUGCUCAGAGAUACAAUUGAUCUUAGAAGGAACAAAUGGCAGCAGCGGAGAAAAGUUGAGGGGCCUAAGAAAAUCGAGGAGGUGCAUCGUGAUGCUGCUCAAGAGCGUCAAGCCCAGGCAGGGAGAACAGCUCGCAGCUCUAGCAUGGGUUCUUCAGCAAGGAGAGGACAAACUAUUGAUUAUGGAUCUCGGUUGCCCAGUUUACUGUCUUCUCCUGGAGGACAGCAAAUGAGCGCCGUCCGGGGGCUGCCAAUAUCUUCUCGUAGCUUUGGUAGCCAAGAUGUGAGAAUGGGUGAUAAAUAUAUCUUUGAGAGCCGAACUUUGUCAGUUCCAUUGUCUCAAAAAUCUACGAAUGAUGAGCCAAUUACCUUUGGGCCCCAGGGUGGUCUUGGUAAGGGAAUGUCUUGCCGAGGACAGUCACUAGGGUCAAGUGGGUUAAUGAAUGAUAUCGCAACAGAUUCUGGAGAUACUAGAAGAAUGGUAUUAGGUCCAAGUGGCUUCAGAUCACCUGGGGAUGCUGUCUCCAAGGGUCUUUUGCAAGAUAGGCCUGCAUCUCUGCAGGCUUAUGACCAGUCAAACCUUCAAGAUCACAUGAGGAAGGACUCGAGAAAUAAUCAUCACUCUUCUGAUAGGUCCACAGUUACUCCACAUGCCACGGAAUGCAUUCAAAGUUCUCCAACUGAUGCAGAUAAUUCAUUUGAAGAGAUAUCUGAGGAACAGCUAAGAGAAAAAUCAAUUUCUGCAAUCAAGGAAUUUUAUAGUGCAAAUGAUGAGGAAGAAGUUGCUAGUUGUGUAAAAGAACUAAAUGCCCCAUAUUUCUACCCAACCAUGGUUUCACUUUGGGUGACCGAUUCUUUUGAAAGAAAAGACAGGGAGAGGGAUGAACUAGCCAAACUUCUUACGUUUCUUCACAGAUCAAGGAACAAAUUGCUAAGUCAAGAACAGAUUAUUAAGGGGUUUGAGUUUGUUUUUGCUACCUUGGUAGAUGCCAUGUAUGAUGCACCUAAAGCAUCUGAAUUCCUUGGUGUUAUUCUUGCUAAUAUAGUUUUGGAAGAGAUUGUUACUUUAGCUGAUGUAGCAAGAUUGAUACGUGAAGGAGGUGAGGAGCCUGGUUGUCUUAUGGAAACUGAUAUUGCAUCUGAUGUCCUUGGCACCGUUUUUGAGGUCAUAAAGAAGGAGAAAGGUGCUGAUGUAUUGAAUGAAAUGCACAAAAGAACAGACAUCCGGGUGAAGGAUUUUCUCCCCCCAGAUCCCAAAAAGCAGGCAAAGCUCAUUUCCUUUAUUUAGAAGAUGGUUCGUACUCAGAAAUCAAUGACUACCUGUUAACGAGUACCCCAUUGCACAUAAUCAUCUCAUUCCGGCUCUUAUGUAUUAUGUCCUUUUGGCAUCUUACCCAUGGCUGUGUUUUCGUUUUACUUCAGAGGUGAGGUAAAUACCAGUCUGAUUUUUGAGGCAUCUAAGCUUGAAUGCACUGAUUUUGAUACAUGAAAACAUGGGUAACUAAAUUGGUUACCACUUGAUUAAUACACCAAGUAAGAUGGUAACUUUGUACAUAUCUGUAUCUCAUCUAUCAAUAUGAAGUGCAGCAUACCUUAUUGCUCAAA